AUGCCUCGUAUUCCUAAAUCUCAAAAAGAUCCAAAUGCACCAAAACGUCCAUUAUCAACAUUUUUCUUAUUUUCAGCAGAUGAACGACCAAAAAUAAAGAAAGACAAUCCAUCAUUAUCAGUUGCUGAUAUUGCUAAAGUUAUUGGUGAACGGUGGCGUUCAAUAGGUGAAGAUCGAAAGAAACAUUAUGAAGAAAGAGCUCGAACUGAAAAAGAACGAUAUGAGCGAGAAAUAGCUGCUUAUAAACAACAAGGUGGUGGCAAAUAG